UCGUCGAAAAAUUUUGGAUCACCAUGCAAGCCAUACAGGGAAAUAUAAAUCGGAGUGCCUUUUUCAAUGAUAAUGUUCGUAUCAGUUUUGCAGGUAUGCCCAAGUUCAAGGGAUGUACUUAGCCCAUCCGUUCAUGACCAUUACCUGACGAGAACGAGAACUGGUGUUUUGACUCAGCAUAAUAUGGUCGUUGACAAAUGUUGCUGAAGUAUCUUUGUACUUAAAUUAGUUGGAAAAAAUUAGUUGUCUGUAAAGUCGAUUUAUGGAUUAUAGUUUUACGUGAUAACGUUAUAAAGAAACAAACAAAUAAUGUUAUGACAAAUAUGCAACUAAUAUCAAAUUAUAUUAAAUAUUUCAAAUAUGAAACUAAUUGAGGUUUGUCAUACCAAAGGCACUCAAUCCACGCGCUAUCUUCCCACAUUUUAUCUCGUACUUGAGUUCUGUGAUUAUGAUCUUGCUAAAUUGAUUUCCAAUACUAAAUUAACAUUUCGUUUAAGUGAUAUCAAAACAAUAAUGCAGCAAUUAUUACAUGGAUUAUUUUACAUUCAUAGUAAUAAUAUUUUACACAGAGAUAUAAAAUCAGCAAAUAUUCUAAUAACUCAAAAUGGUGUUCUAAAAUUAGCUGAUUUUGGGUUGUCAAGGGCGUUCAGUGCAAGUGAAUCUAACAAAGAAAAUCGCUAUACCAAUCGUGUAGUUACACUUUGGUACAGGCUACCAGAGUUACUUCUAGGAGAUAGAAAUUAUGGACCUCCCAUUGAUUUGUGGGGCAUGGAGUGUAUAAUGGCUGAAAUGUGGACCAAAUCUCCGAUUAUGCAAGGUAACUUUGAACAACAACAGCUAACAUUGAUAUCAAAAUUCUGUGGUUUAAUUACAACAGAGGUAUGGCCAAGUGUUAAAAGUCUUGAUUUAUUUAACAAAAUUGAUUUACCCAAAGUACGACAAAAAAGAGGCAUAGAAAGAUUAAAGACAUAUAUCAAGGAUGCAUACGCUUGUGAUUUAUUGAAAAAACUUUUGAUUCUUGAUCCUAGCAAGAGAUACGAUGCCAGGUUGGCGUUAGACCAUGACUUCUUCUACACUGAUCCACUGCCUUCUGACUUGGGUAAAAUAUUGACUCAACACUCGCAGAGUAUUUUGGAAUCCCAUACAUCAUCACGAAGACCAGCAAGACACAUGUAACAUCCUUACCAUUCAAUAUCCACUGGUGCGACUAGACCUACUAUCGUCAGAACUUAUGAUGGUUAUCAAGAUCGUAUU